AUGGCAUCUACUCCUACACUGAUCGGCAUGCCCGAACCACCAUCAAAUAUUGAUACUCCAACUGAUGCACCAGGAACCCCAAACUCAACCACGACCUCCCUCUCCGCGCUCUCCACCACCGCUAUCAAAGAUGGUCAUCGCGGAUCUGCUCACCCGACCGGAAGCUCUCAUCAUCAACACACUCUUUCAAACAAUACCCUCGAAGCGCAGCGCGCAGAUCGAAUCUCACGCCUUGCAGGUCUCGAACGGGUAACCACAGCGACCCCUCAAAAUCCCAGUGGUACUACAACAGCCCCAGGGCCUGCUACUGGACAAAUCCCAGGAUAUUUUGAUCAAGCCGGAAAUCCAGUUUAUACAACACGCAUAUCUACCGUUGGCAGCGCAUCCGCGACCGGUUCUAUGACGGGAAGAACCACUACAUGGGCAUCGAAUAGUACAAAAGGACAAACGGAGGCUGAUGAUGAUGAGCUAAGCAUGGAUAACAAUUAUCGAGAAACAGAUGAUCGUGACACGUUUUCCGCAUCGGCUAUGGAUGAGGAAUUAGAUGGGGAUGGAAUGAGUGAUAAUACAAGUUUAGUUGGAUUCGGCGAGGGCGCUGGAAGCACCGUCAGCGGUCCAACAUACAGCAGAGGCAAUAUCCUCGCGAGCCCUAUCGCAGUAGGAAAAAGCGGUCUAGCCAAAGAAGUACAGAGCAGCAAUCCCGGAACCUCCGUCAGCGCAUCCACAUCCGCAACAGCAGAACAACAGAGGCGUGAAGCGAGAAUGCUAGAUGGAAUUACAGAUGAUAAUACAAGUGGCUAUGUGGAUACGGCAGCCCGAGGUUAUGGAACAGGAGUAGCUGGAAAUCGCAAUUCAUCUGGUUCAGGACUAGGUACGGGAGUAGGUGCCGAAGCUGCAGAGAGAAUUUUAAAGGAGAGAAUUGAUGAUAGUCCAUCUGCGGCUAGUAGACCUCCUCUUGGUAGUCCCGAUCAAGCGGGUCUGGGCAAGUUUUAUUUCGAAGAGAAGAAGUAA